AAAUCAUUCCAUCACGGUUGAAUCGACCCUAGCAUCUGGCAGUCAUUUCUUUGUAUUUUUCAACCUUAGCCCUGCUAAAACGACUAUUUAGCUUGGUAGGCAGCCAUACUUGAUGUCCUAGGACUGUUCAUUGCGUUGCUGUGGUGUCAAGGCCGUGGAAUUGUUUUUCGUUUGGAAUACGGACUUUUAGAGGAAACUUGCUGACAAUGAAGACACGAGUCUUACUUGGGAAAAUUUUGACCUUUCUUCUUGCUCUCGAAUGCUCCUCCGCUAAUAACUUUUCAUUUCCUCCUCCCCGCUGGAUACGUGCAGUGGACAUCGACCCUUACACCGCCAAGAUCUCGUGGCUAGUCCCGGGGGACGCCCGUGCUAAUGAGACAAGAUACAGAAUCGAGUGGAAAAACGAAUCUAGUCAGAAAUCCUAUGUGAUAGUGAACGGAAUCAAGGGGUACUAUAUCUUGAAUAAUCUGCAACCUUAUUCUUAUUACUACUUCCGUGUGCAACGAGGUACGGUCAGCGGUAGAUAUGGACGUUUCUCGAACUCAAUUUGGAUGGGAACACCAGAAACAAAACCCACCGCUCCACCGACAAAUGUUUCUGCCUACAACACGAGUUCAAUGGGAAUCCUAGUCCACUGGAACCGAGUUCCUCCACAACAUCGUAAUGGCCAUAUUCUCGGCUUCAAAGUCUGCUACUACAAAGCUUCACAGCCUCCCACUACAAGACUUUGUCUGUCUGUCUACGCUAUGAGUAUUCAUAUUGGUGGACUCGAGCCGUAUACCCCGUAUUAUAUCAGUGUGUUGGCCUACACGAAUGUUGGAGAUGGGCCUGGAUCUCCACCGUUGCUUGUAUGGACGGAUGAGUUCGUUYCCUCUAGAGCACCAGUAAUAACAGUCAUGAUCGCCUCAACCACAACCAUCACGGUAAGAUGGCAGCCAAUCCCUCAGAAAUAUGUUCAUGGAAUCCUACGAGGAUACGACCUGGCUUACCACGAGGCAGCGAACUACGGCAGUAAAAGAGUCGCUCGACUCAACACGACUUUCACGAGCUUCGUAAUCAAAAACCUUAAGAGGAAUACUAUGUAUGGGGUCAAGAUUGCUGGUCUGACGAAAGUAAUGGGUUUUAUCAGGAAUGGGAAGAUAAGUCCCACAUGGAAUAUCACAACCAGACCAGGAUGCCAAGCACCAACAAACAUAAAUGCCUUUAGCCUCUGCCCGCAGUGCAUGACGGUACAGUGGACCAAAGUUCCCGCCAUCAACCCUCAAGUCAAGGUCAUAGGUUACCGUGUAACUCUGAAGGCUGAAAACAGUGCAGAUGUCGUAAAGGAUGUUGGGUCAAGUAAGCAGAGUGCGGACAUUACUGGACUCAAGCCUUAUACAAAGUAUGCCAUUACGGUAGCAGCUGAUACCGAUGGUGGUUUGGGAGAUUUUAGUCUACCUAUUAACCAGGUCACUCAAGAAGGAGUUCCAUCUGUGGCUCCCAAACAAGUGUCCGUACAAAGCAAAGGUCCCAACAGCAUUUUAGUCAAGUGGAGUCCACUGUCUUCAAACGACGUUAACGGCGUACUGAUGGGAUACAAUGUGUACUAUAGAAACAUCGUUGCCAGAAAUAAGCGAUCAGAUACUGCGGGAGUAGUCCAUGCAACCAACAUAUCAUCACCCAGCGUACAAAUCGUUGGUUUAAAGCCCUUCUCGCUCUACAGAAUUACAGUGGCUGCUUUUACUAAGAAAGGCAUUGGUCCACCAAGUGCACCAACGACUGUAAGGACAGACGAGGAAGUCCCGAGUCAAGCUCCAGGCGGAUUCAUUGCAAAGCCAAAAACCGCUCAUUCCAUUCUCGUUACCUGGCAACCACUACAACGUCAGUACACAAAUGGUGUCUUGAAAGGUUACCAUGUCAACUAUAUAAAAAAAUAUGCAGAUUCCAGUGUGAUUAAGAAUGUGGUGACGGUCAAUCCAUUCAUCUUGAACGUGACUAUAAAGGGACUGGAGCCGAAUACUCCGUAUGAUGUUUGGAUGGAGGCAUUCAAUGCGAAGGGAGGCGGACCAAGUACCAACACAGUCACGACUACUACUCUUGAAAUUGUGCCAGCUCAGCCACGUGACGUAAAGGUUGAGGUCAUCAAUCCCAGAUCGGUAAGAAUCACGUGGAAUUCACCUUUGAGUGACGUAACAAGCUACAUGGUGAAAUGGACGCAAAGAGGUCAACCGGGUGUGUCAGCAGAGGAUAAUCAUAAGAUUGUUAAGAUUAGCGGUGUCUAUAAAAGAACUACGACGAUCACGGGACUGUCUCCGUACAACAUGUACACAUUCGCGGUCCGAGAGCUGUCUAAAGGAAGCUGGGGACUAUUUUCUGAGGCAGUCGACAAAAUUAUGCCAGAAGAUGCUCCCAGCGCACCAUUGGAUCUCUCUGUAUACAAGAAAGACGGUCCUACUCUUGUCCUCUCGUGGCGAAAGCCUGAAUAUAGCAAUGGAGUCAUCCGCAAAUACGUCUUGUUUUUUGCCGAUGUUAAAGGAGUGGAGUUAUGGAAAGACACCGUUAGUGACGGCCUGUCAGAGACGAUUAUUAAGCAUACCUUUGUUUUACCCGACAAGACCGCUGACUACAAAAUAACGGUGCAAGCGUUCAACUCUAAGCCUGGUAAAAGGAGUGAAGUCAUCACCGUACAACAUGUCAGCAGCCAUGAUUCCGUAGGAUAUGCAUCCAAAUCGAAUAAACGCAUCAAACUACCAUGGCUGAUUUUCAUCAUCAGCGCCAUAGUGCUGUUUGCACUCUGCAUCAUUGUAUUCAUCCUAAUAAGUUUCAGAAAAUCMGGUAAAAAAGCGAAAAGCAGCCAGCCUCAAGAAGAAAUGAUUGCUAUGAUACCAAAGAGUUUCGGUGCCCGCAGGCCUAUCCCUGUUGAUGACCUUAAAAGACACUGCGACCGUUACCAUGCCUACGAUGACGCUCUUUUUAUUGAAGAGUUCAAGAGCCUCAACCACAUACCCCUACGAUCGACAUACGACGCAAGUCAGACUUCCUACAACAAGAAUAAAAAUCGCUUCCCCAAUAUUCUACCAUAUGACCAUACACGGGUGGUACUGAAAUCUCGUAAGGAUUCACCUCCAGGAUCUGAUUAUAUUAAUGCAAGCCUCAUUGAUGGUUACGGCUGCCCAAGAAAAUACAUUGCAACUCAAGGUCCGUUGAAAGAAACAAUCAAUGAUUUCUGGCGAAUGGUUUGGGAGAGAGAAUGUUCAACUAUUGUCAUGCUGGGGGACAUAGAAAACACACUGAAGCUUCGUAGUGACUGUGAGAAGUACUGGCCGGAGCAUGGCCAUCAGGAGUACGGUGAUCUUGCAGUAUCUAUUGUAGAUGAGAUUCAUAUGUCAGACUGGAGCAUUAGGACUUUCCUUGUCUGGUCGACAGAUCCCGAGUGCAUGGACAAGAGAGAAUUGACUCAAUACCAAUAUACUGCCUGGCCUGAUCAGGGCGUACCAGAACAUACAGCAUCCAUAUUGAUAUUCCAACAUAAGUUACGAGUGGCACUCCCCUUGGAAAAAGGCCCAAUUGUGGUACAUUGUAGUGCCGGGGUUGGACGCACUGGUACGUUCAUUGCCAUCGACUCCCUACUGGACCAAAGACUAAUGGAGGGGGUGGUAGACGUGUAUGGUUUUGUCGCCCAGAUGAGAACACAACGAAACAAUAUGGUCCAGACAGAGAACCUCCCAGUCUACGAACCAGAAGCUUUUGAACAAAGUGUGGCUUACAUUCGCGAAAAUAUCGUAAAAAACAGAUGCCCAGAUGUCCUACCUUUUGAUGGUAAUCGUGUUCGUAUUUCUGGUCUGUCUAGUAAUCCAGGGACAGCAGAUUAUAUCAACGCAAGCUACAUUGACGGUUACAACGAGGGAAGAGCCUAUAUUGCUACCCAGGCUCCCAUGGAAAACACAGUCACAGAAUUCUGGCAAAUGGUUUGGGAGCAGCGAUGUACCGCUAUUGUCAUGCUCGCUGGACUCACCGACAAAACAGGCCAAGAAGAGUGUGUACAAUACUGGCCAUUGCAAGGCUGCUUACGGUAUGGUAAAUACAUCGUCACCAAGAUAGAUGAAGAGAUACUGGAUGACCACACACAACGAGUCCUGAAGCUCAGAUGUCAUGGGAGUAUGGAAAGUUUGUUAGUAUAUCACUUCCAAUAUCACAACUGGCCUCGAUACGGUGUCCCUCCUCGAGUCAACGGACUGGUGUGCUUACACGAACAGAUACAGAAAAUACAGCUCGUAGAGGAUCAUGGUCCUACCAUCGUGCAUUGCAGCGAUGGGGCAGAUCGUACUGGAGUCUACUUGACAUUGGCCAUCAGUAUUGAACGACUAGAGGCUGAAGAUAACAUAGAUGUCUUUCAGACUGUCAGAUGGUUGCGAUCACAAAGACCAGGGAUGGUCGGCAGUGCGGAGCAAUACAACUUCUGUUACCAAGCAGUAAAAAGCUAUCUAUCAUGGCGGACAAGAGCGAACAAUGACUACGUCACAGCAUAACACGUGACUCAGAAACAUUAGGACGAGGUUCUCCAACAGCUACUACGUAUUUACGACUUUGCCUGAAUGGCUAACUUAUAAUCUGCUGGUUUUAUUUUCUAUAGAAAGUAAAUUAAAUGUAAAAAAAAAAUGUAUUUAGUGUUUAGGAUAACUAAAAAUAAUGUUCUUGGAAGCUCUAUUUUCGUUGUUAUUGUUGUUUUGUUGUUGUUGUUCUCAGACAAUUUACUAAAGAUAAGUUUUCAUUUCUUUUUGUGUACGAUUAAUUCAUCUACUCCGUAUUCUCUUUCUCUUUAAGCUUCUCCUUCUACUUCUGCUGUUGCUUCUCCCUCUGUUUCUCCUUAUCCUUCUUCUCCUUCUCAAUCUCUAACUCCCCACUUCUUUUUCCAAAAAACGUAGUUUUCUUCGAUCGUCCCCACUUCUUUUUCCAAAAAACGUAGUCUACUAACUUCUUUCAAUUUUUCCUCCUCUUCAUCCAGUUCUCCUUUUCAAGGCUCUUUCUUCUUCUAUUUCUAGUCUUUUUAAGUUUUUUUGUCAAUCACUGCCUUUUGUCAUUAUCAGAAAGCAUAUUUACCGCAUACACUUUCCAGUGCAAAAUAAAUCCGCCCGUGGAAAAGCACUAAAAUCAACUAAUCGUCGAAAAUCUUUUGUUUAAUAAUAUCUUACUUUCCAGUUGAAUAUUACCCGUGUUAUUUAGUACUAAGAUAGAUCGAUAGUAGACUUGUUCAUUAGUUUAUAGUCAGACUCUAGUUCUUCUUGGCUAAUUUACAUGUUUAUUAUUAUUAUCAAAUAUAUUCUCAACCUAAGAGUGACAAUUUUGGACAAAUAGCUUUAUAAAGACAAAUACCACACAUAUAAAAAA